AUGAUGAAGAUUGUGAUGAAGAUGUUUGUGUAAACACUUUCAAAUCAGGCGGAAAACGCGUCGAACUGGACCGGACAAAGUGAGCGUGGUGUGACGUAGAACACUUUCAUUACUAUUUUGCAAAACGGGAAGCGAUUACGGUUGCCGAGGUUUCGUUUCAGAAAUAAACGUUCUCACUGCACAAACAGAAACCAUCUGGCCCACAACCUUGAGGUUCAUGAGAAAGUCUAUGAGGAUGUUGGCAGUGAUGUGACCUACGAGCAAUUGAACAAGUUGAGAUUGCUCCAGAAUGACUUGGAGAUCGGUAAGUGCACUCUUCCAGUUUCAGUUUCAGUUUUCAAUCUAUAAAACAGAAAUUUUCAGAUGGCUACACAAUCCCAGCCGGCGCCAACAUCUCCAUCGCUCCCCGUCGUUCUUCACAACAAUCAUUGAUCGAGAAGCCUUUUUUUUAUGUAUGUAUUCGUUUAUUUAGUUCAGAAAGAUAGCAAACGUCAAGGCACAGAUGAGAAUAGACGAAUUAGUUCCAAGGACGGUCCCUCACGAGAUGUACCUAGACAAGCCUUCAACUCGGACCGCUUUCUUCCUGAAGAAUGCUCCAACUUCAUUCCAACUUCCGUACAACUUCAUUCCUUUCUCUGCCGGCAUCAAGAAUUGCAGUGGUCAGAAAUGCUCGAUUCUCAAUGAAAAAGUGAUAAUGUGA